AUGAACGUCAAAGACGGCGAGCUGCUCUUCAUCAACUUCAACCAAGACUUCAGGCAUCGCCAAUCCACCAUUUGCGAGCUGACAUUCCCAACGUCCAUCCUCUCGGUCAAGCUCAACAGAAAGCGGCUCAUUGUUGUGCUGGAGGACCAAAUCUACGUAUACGACAUCAGCAACAUGAAGUUGCUCCAUACCAUCGAAACCAGCCCCAACCCUCAAGCCAUUUGUGCCCUUUCACCAUCGAGCGAAAGCUGCUACCUCGCAUACCCUUCCCCAACACCUUCACCCACCUCGCCCUUCUCCAAGCAUGGACGCGAUGAUUCUCAUGGACCUUCGGGCGACGUGCUGAUUUUCAAUGCUCUGACUCUCCAAGUCGUCAACAUUGUUCAGGCCCACAAGACCUCCGUCUCCAACAUCUCUAUUAACUCUGAAGGAACCAUGCUCGCCACAGCGAGUGACAAGGGAACGGUCAUUCGGAUUUGGUCGAUACCUAAUGCUCAAAGGCUGUACCAGUUCAGACGCGGAUCACAUUCGGCACGGAUAUAUUCACUCUCCUUCAACCUUGUCAGUACCCUCCUCUGCGUCUCGAGUGAUACUGAUACAGUGCACAUUUUCAAGCUGGGAGGAGGAACGAGCCCCAACAACAGCCAACGGAAUGGAGGACUCUUGGACGGAUCUCUGGACUUUAAAAAGUCAGGAAUGGGAUCGGUUCUUCGACGUCAGUCGAUGCACUUUGGGCGGAAUCUUGCUGGAAGUGUCGGCUCCUAUCUUCCAGGCGCCAUUACCGAGAUCUUUGAACCCUCGCGAGAUUUCGCCUACCUCAAGUUGCCAAGUGCCGGUGUCCAGAGCGUCAUUGCUCUCAGCAACACAACGCCGCAGGUGAUGGUAGCAACGUCGGACGGAUAUCUUUACCAGUACAACAUCGACCUCGAGAACGGCGGACCAUGUGUCCUUCUCAAGCAAUAUAGUUUGCUGGAUACGAGCAGCGACGAGUAUGGAAACCCCCCUGGAUCUGAUUGA